AUGUAAGAUGAUGCAUUUGCACCGUAAUAACCGGCUGCAGGUGCAUGCGGCUGAUCAUAUUCAUAUGACAAUAUGUUUGAUCCGUUUCUAGUGCAGGAGGCUGCAGGAUGAAGUUUUUCUUUGUCAGCACAGACAGCAGACAGCCUGCAGACGGCUGCUGCGUUUUGCAUAGGAGUAAUGACGUUUCCUAUCACCCCUCUGCACCGCUGUCACAGCUCUGUUUGCCCCGUGUUGGGUCUUUGUCAUGCACAUGUGUGCAUAGGAACCCGGGAUAACUAGACAUAAGGGUUAUCCGGUGUUAAUGUGGCAACCUUGUUGUUGAUCCUGAUCCCUGACUUCGGUUAAGGAAGCCGUCUCGACUCUACGUUAAAGAAUUCAUCUAGAAAUCCUGUCACGACCCGGUUACUUUAAUGAACGUGAACGAACACAUUGUUUCUUUAGCCCCAUUGGAGUUAACAUGGCUCUCCAUCCAGACACAGACAACAACACUACUACCAGCCAAUCAGAUCUCUCCCUGUCUCCGCCGCGGAAAUGAACGACCAAUCACCCGCCCGAGUGCUCCCAGCGAUAACGGCCGGCGGACCAAUCAGCUGUCUGUCUGGAUGUGCUGGAGGGGGAGCUCGCAGCCAAUCAGCUGUCUGUCUGGGCUUCACGGAGAGGCCCGCCUGACCAAUCAGCUCCCUGUCUGGCUUGCACCGAGGGGGUGAGCGUCUGCCGAGGCCCAAUCAACGGCUCAGUGCUGCCUGCCGGUGCCGGGGAACUGGUGGUGAGGGAGCCGCUGCAGAGCGCGUCAGGACCGGACCGUGAACCCGGAGACGGUACGCACCGAGGCGAAAGGAGACAUAAGGUGCUCAGGAAACAUGUCGGACAGAAAACACAGAGGACGGGACAAGUUCUGGAUGGAGCGGAUGUCUGAGGAGGCGCUGAGGCUCAACCUGCUGAAGCGAGGCCUGGAGUCACCCAGCGAGCGCGAGGAGGCGUUGGCCAAGCGCCUCAAAAUGGAGGGCCACGAGGCCAUGGAGCGCCUCAAGAUGCUGGCGCUACUUAAACGCAAGGACCUCGCCGACCUAGCGGCCCUGGAGGUGGCUGGGCCACUCGGAGACGGGAAGGGACCCGGAGCGAGCAGCCUCCACCACCAGAGCCUAAUGGGCGCUGCUUACGAGGAGAAGCUGAACGGGAGCUUGAGGCUGGGCGGCCACGGCGGCCACGUCGGACCCAGCAAGAACGGGAAGGAGAACAUGAUGGAUGAGCCCGUGGAUAUGAGCGCAGGGAGAAGAUGUGAGGCGGACCAUGACAGACGAACUCCGUCUCCGGACGUCAUCAUCCUGUCAGACAACGAGGCGUCCAGUCCCAGAACGACUCCUCGCCCCGAGGAGCGCCUGCACCAGGCCAACCUGGACAUGUUCAAGGGUAAGACAGGAGAGGAGAGGCAGCAGAUGAUCAAAGCUCUGAGAGAGGAGCUGCGUCUGGAGGAGGCUCGCCUGGUGCUGCUCAAGAAGCUCCGACAGAGUCAGAUGCAGAAGGAGAACGUGGUGCAGAAGGUCCCGGUGGUCCAGAACGCCGCGUCCUCUGUGCAGCCUCCUCCCAUCCACAGCUCUCCUGGCCUGGGGAAGCUUCCCGUGAGGCCGGGCCUGCACAACCCAGAGCCCCAAAACCUCCGCACUGCACAGGGUCACACAGUCAUCAGGUCAGCAGCCAAUGCCAACCUGCCGCCCAUGCUGAUGUCCCAGCGAGUGAUCGCCCCAAACCCCGCUCAGCUGCAGGGCCAGAGGAUCUCCUCCAAGCCCGGGAUGUCUCGCUCCAGCUCCAGCAUGGCCAAUCCAGUCAGCUACCAACAGGCCAGCCAGCAGGUGGCGGCUUCCCAGCGCUCCGGCUCCAGCGCCAUGUACAUGAACCUUGCCCACAUGCAGGCGGCGGCAGCAGCGGGAGCCGGCGGGGUUGCGGGUGGCCUAGGCGGAGCUUCGGCCGUCAGCCCGUCCACCAUGUCCAGCUCGGCCAGCGGAGGAGUGAGCUCCAUGGCCGACCAGGCCAGCAGCCAGGCGGCGGCCAAGCUGGCCCUGAGGAAGCAGCUGGAGAAAACCCUGCUGGAGAUCCCUCCACCCAAACCCCCCGCCCCACUUCUCCACUUCCUGCCCUCCGCCGCCAACAGCGAGUUCAUCUACAUGGUGGGCCUGGAGGAGGUGGUGCAGAGCGUGCUCGACAGUCAGGGUAAACUCAGAGGGACGCUGGCCCGCAUGGAGCCUUUCUUCUGCGCCCAGUGCAGAACUGACUUCACCCCGCACUGGAAGCAAGAGAAGAGCGGGCGAAUCCUCUGCGAGCAGUGCAUGACGUCCAAUCAGAAGAAGGCUCUGAAGGCGGAGCACACCAACAGGCUGAAGAACGCCUUCGUGAAGGCCCUGCAGCAGGAGCAGGAGAUCGAACAGAGGCUGCAGCAGCAGGCGGCCCUCUCUCCCAGCUCGGCCCCUACAGGCCCCAACGCCUCCAAGACUGACACCAUGAUCCGGCAUCAUGCCCUCCGCCAGGUACACGCUCCCCAGCCUCAAGCCUCCCUCCAGCGAGGUCUGUCCAACUCGGCGCGAGGCGUCCUGUCCAACUUCGCCCAGGCCUCCCAGCUGUCAGUGGCCAGCAGCCUCAUGGGAAUGACUAGUGCCAAGCACUGUGGCAGCGGAGGCAGCAGCAGCAGUAGCAGCAACAGACUGCAGCACGACAGCCGUCGCCAGAUCUACAACAUCCCAGGUACGUACUGUGGGUUAAAUAUCGCCUAUCUGAACCCAGCGGCGGUUGGAGCCCACAAGAGCUCCAGCUUAGCGGACCGGCAGAGAGAGUACCUGUUGGACAUGAUCCCACCUCGAUCCAUAUCGCAGUCCAUCACCGGACAGAAAUGAGCCCCGCCCCGCCCAACCCUGCCCUCCUCUUCUUCUGAAGCCACCACCCCUUCCUCCCUUCCUCCCCCCUCCACACCCUCCUCCUCCUCUUACCCCCAUACUGAAGCACUCCCAGAUCAACCAACAUCCCCCCCGACUCCCACCCACCCUCCUCCCCCCAUCGCAUGCAGUGCCUGUCCGUGUGCCUACCUUUAAAAAAAAGAAAAAAGAAAACCCAUGAGAAACCCACCAAGUCGGACAAAGACACUAAACUGUCAGUGCAUCUCAAAUGUUCUUAUUAUAGUAAAAAUCUUCUUCGUCAGCGUUAACGAUUAUAAUUCCCAUUAUUAUCGCUGUUGGUAGCACUAUUAUUAUUAUUAUACCUGCAACUACCAUUUUCGCUUCAGUUACUAUUACUCAUUAUGCUUUUUUUUUGUUUUUCUUUUAUAAGUGUUUGGUCCAUUUCUUUUUUGUUUUUGUUUCUCCGCUGUCGUCUCCUUUUUUUACUUUGGGGAGUGACGGCGAGUCAUCGUAGGGCCGCGUUUAGGCCGCAAUCAUAUAGGACUUCUUUUUCUCUCCACUCGAUUUUUAUUUUCUUUUUUUUUAUUAGACGUGACUAUUGCUAGUAACAGAAGAUCAACAGGGUGCAUUCUGGUUGCUAUGCAACAUAAAGUUUUAACAAAAAAGCUUUGUAAAAAGUGUUAGCUCGCUAACUUGAAGUAACAAAGUGGAAAAUACUGAUAGGAACGACGACGACGACAAAAAGAAGAAGAAACACGCGCACACAGACAAUAUUAAGUUAGUGACUGCUCUGCUUGCUCUUGAAAAGAGGAUGAAGAGCGCGUGGAGAAGGAAGCAGGCGGAGGUCGACCUUCGACCCCGGAGUUUCUCGUGGACGCCCGCCCGCCACCAUCCGAGCGAAUUAACUGGAAAUGACACAAAGGCGAAGACGUGUACAAAAAGAGAAUCCUAUGUGAUCGCAAGUUGUUUUGUUUUUGUUUUCCUUUGCUAGUCGGCUCCCGCCAUCCUCCAUCGAAUCUUCAUUUCAGACGUCAGCUCCUCCUCUGUUACACUUUCUUUUUCUCUUUUCAAAACCCGUUACCAAGGCGGACGGACGGACGGACGCGGGGUCAUACUGUAAAGUUGUGCUAAUCAGGACCGACAGACAGACGCAGCGACGUCCCCCCGAACCUGCCACCCACCUUCAGCGGAAACCAGCAGUCGACACGGACUCCAGCCCGAGACCGACGGGAGCUUGACAAAAGGCGCCGAAAGGAUUGGUCGUCUACAAACGAUGGUCUCCGGUUCCAUCUCAUCUCACUUACCUGCUCCUCCCCCUUAAACCCCUUCUCCACCAUGCCCCUCCCUCCCUCCUCUUCCUCCUCCUCCUCCUCCUCCUCCUCCUCCACCCCCCUCGAUACCUUUGGGUUAACCAGUAUGCACAGACUGAACCCUUUUUACCCAGCAGCUCCUUCUUCGGCAUCAACGUUCUUUGGAGAAAAAAAAAAAAACAAACUCACGAUCUGAAGGGUCGGAGCCACAUCUCGUGUGCGUCCGAAACGUCCCGCAGAUUUAAUUGUAUCUACAAACCUAGAAGAAAUCUGGGUUUCCUUUUCUUGUUCUAUUUGGGUUUUUAAGAUUUGUUUUCCUCCUUCUCCUCCUCGUCCCCCACGACGACGAACCUCCCCCCCCUCUUCUUCAUUUGGUUUAUUUCUUUGUCUUCUUUUGUUUUUUGCGGCGUCUCCUGAUGAAACGGUGGCGUACCUGAGAGGUAUCAGCCGCCCGGAGACGAUAAUAAUCAACAUAGCUAAAAACAGAAACUAUUGAAAUAUCUGUAUGGAUUAUGUAUAGAUACCUAGCUUCAGAGGAGAGAGAGAGAAGAGAGAAAACAAAAAAAAAAGGAUGUGGAUUAUAUCUUUUAUGGGAGAGAGACAUGGAUCAAUCAUUGUGUGCAUGCUCUGCACACAAGUCGCCUCACUCCAGAGGAGCACUUUGCAUAUUUCCAAUUGGAAAAAACAUGUUUUUGUUUUUGUUUUUUAAGAAAAAGGAUGUUACAGUUGAGAGCGGCUGAGGUCUGGAUGCCGACCAACCAACUCCAGAGAAGUCAGGCGGAGACGUCUUUACGAGUAAUUGUGGGAUUGCAUCGAGGUGUCGUUUUUAACUUGCCAGUGUUGAUCUCUGCAAAUGUCGGACCAGCAUCAGUUACAGGGUGCCGCUGACUCGCGGUCUGGAGAACCCCCAGCAAUAACUAGUCAGUUUGAAAGGUCCCAAACUUAGACCUGACCCAACGAAGGCUCACUCAACGGUAAGAGUUUAGACCCCAAGAGAACAAUCGCUCAUAUUGGCGUAACCCCACAACAACAACGUAACGUGCACUAAACAAACGCGUCGCCGGUUUCCUCGGUUUGCAGUAGCUCAGGCAUUUCACAAAAAGCAGUGUUCAGUCAGCGUGCAGUAUUAUUCAGAGAGCGUGGCGACACAGGAGGCCGCGAAGGCGUUUCAGACUCCGAGGGAGACGCAAAACGAUUCGAGCUUCAGCUUUACAAACGCGUCUCAGGCGGGCUGAUCCGUGUCAGGAAGGAGCACAGAGGUCAGGUCAAACACGCCGUCUGGCAGCCGUGUUGGAUUCGUUCGGUUAUUGGAUGCGUCUGUCGUGUUUAUCUUUGAGUUUCCGUGCAGUCCAUUGGUUGUUUUUCACUUAUCUUGUAAAAGUCUGUGCAGAAAUCUGCGUUCGUCUUAAUUUAGCACUUCUAAAGCUGAGUGAAGUCUCAGUCUCCGGUUAAAACUCUUUCGAACAGUGGCAAUAUUUAAAACGUGUUUUAGCUUCUCACCAAAGUAGUUACAAUACUACUCUAAAAUAGUUAAAAUACGGAGAGCACUUCACGUCAGAACUGGUUAGUUUUUAAUCGGAACAUAAAUACUCAGAACAAAAUUUAAAUUUAAACGUUUUAACACAACUGUCUUUUGUUGGGUGACUUCGUUUUCUAACUCUUCACUUUUACUGUAAUGUUAUAAAUUUAUCCUAUCCUCAAAUAAUACGGAAGCCCCGAGCGGUCAGACGUUCAUUCAUACAUUUUAUUUCCUUUUCUUGUAUUUCUGAGUUAAUUUUUUUUUCGAGAUAAAUCAUUGCAGGAAACAUUCAGUGUAGCAAUGUCAGAGGAGCAGGAGCAGUGAUUUAAUAUACGAAACUACUUUAGUUUUCUCCAGAUCUUGAAAUAAUUAUGGCAUUAUCUCGGAAAAACAAAGUGAGAUCUCGAGGAAAUUAUCCCAUCAUCUCCUGAGAGAAUAAAAUGUAUGAAUGUUCGUCCGCUUCGGGCUUCCGUAUAAUGCGGCUCCACCACCAGGUAGAGAGAUUUGGUUUGUGUUUUUUAUUAUUUAAUCCAGCCCGGCUGUCAGACGGAAAAUCAGUUUGAGGAAUCCAGACCGGCCCGUCAGCGCAUCCGACGACUAACAGCCCGGAAAGACUUUUGGGCCACGACUAUGAAACUACCUAGGAUUAGAUUCAGAGACGUAAACUGACGUUUACACUUAAAAAAACAUCGUUUUUUUUUAUUAUAUAUAAUAAAAAAUAUAUAGAAAAAACAUGAAUCAAUUUUCCCUUUUUUGGUGAAACAGUUGGAUUGGAUGUAGAGAUAUAUUUUCAUGUGUUUCUAACGUCUGGGGUAAAAAGAAAAAUUCCAAAAAAAAACCAAACAAAAAAAAGAUUUUUACAGCCACUCACGGUUUUAAUUUAAAAAAAAAAAAAAACAUGCAUCUCCUUUUUGCUGCCAAGCCGAAGUUUAAGAAAGGUAAAGACAAAAAAUAAUUAAAAUAAAAAAAAAAAAGCUCCUGUCUCUCUUUGCUCUUUUUGCAGAUGCAUCCACACACCUUUGUAUUUGGACUGCAGGUUCUUUUCAAAAUUUCAAUUUUUAGAUUUAAAAAAAAGAAAAAGUCACUUCUUCUUUUUUUUUUUGUUUUUUUGUUUAUUUUUUUGUUUUUUUUCUGACGUCUCGAUUGAGUUCACUUUUUUUUUUGUUUCCUUUCUAUUGCAGUUUAAGAAAAAACAAAACAAAAAAAAUUAAACAAAUGUAUUGACUAUGAAAUAAAUGACACGAUAUUUGCUAGGUUUGAAGUAAUAAUGACUUAUUGUACAUAAGCAUUUUUUUUCCUCCCUUGUACUGAAAAAAGAAAUUAAAUGGUUGUAUAUUGUGUAGAAAAGCAAACAAAAAGCCAUGAAUAUUGUGAAGCUUGUCAUUUCGUUUUGUGAUCACUGUGUAUUAUUGUGUAACAAAUGUGCAAAAUGUUUGGGAUUUCUUUUAUUUUAUCCCUCUCUCCACGCCCUUCCUCCUCCUCCACCUCCUCCUCCUCCUCCUCCUCUGCUUCUUGAUCUCCCUGGAUGCAUUUCGCUUUGGUUUGUGGACUGCUUAAGAGUUUGCAGGAAAGUGCUCACUGGUUCAGACAGACGGUCGAACGGAGACGUCUGAAUAUUUUAUUUUGUUUUUGUUACAGAGUCGUUUCCUCGAGAUUAAAAAAAAAAAGCACUUUGAAUGUUUCACUGUGUCUGUCGGAUUACAUGGACGCGAACUCCUUUCCGAACUGAUGACGGACUGGUGUUGGUUUUCUUUUUUUGCAAGUUUGCUACAAAUCAUGCAUCAUUCAGGCGAAUGAUCCUUGUGGCAACAACCCAGAGUUUCGACCCUGACCUCCUGUCAUUCUUCAGCUGUCGACUUAAACAAUCAAGGUUCAGAAGUUUAGGAUAAAAUGUUGCUGGACAGAUGAAGAAUGAAAAGUAGGAAUGUCUUGGAGUCGAUUCUGGAAAGAGAGAUACAUGAUCUGUAUGCUAGAGGGAGUAAGUGAGAGGAUAUUUGUAAUUUUAAGGGACCUUUAAAUUCGAGUGUUUUAAUGAAUGAGAAGAUGUAAAAAAAAACACAAGAAAUAAAGGAAAAUAUAAGUGGACGGCGAGGAACGAUCAGUCGUGUCUUGAUUUGUGGUAAAUGAGCUUGAACGUCGGUUUUAUACAAAAAGUUUGGCACUAAAUUUUCCCUCCAUGUUAUGAUCUUACAUCAGUGAAACUUUGGUCUGAUCUUCUUUAAGAUGUUUUUGUUUUUUUAUUUGAAUCCUGAAUCAGUGAUCGCUUUUUUUCCUUACGAACGCGUACGGUCCUCGAACAGUUUGGCUUUAUCUUCUUAUUUAGUUGUUGUUGCUUAAUGCAGGGAAACAUUUUUAAUUGCAAAAAAAAUCAAAAAGUUUUAUCCAGUUUUUUUCAAUUUUACCUGUAGAAGCGUUUCUUUCUCUUUAUUUUUUAUUUUUGCAUAAUGUUUGACAAUGUUUGAACUAAACAUCUGGGGGGGGGAGAAGCAGAAACAGACGACGAUGAAAUCGACCGAGACUGAUUAAAAGUCUAUUUUGUUUUGCUUACAUCAAUCCUGACCUUUUGCACAUACUUGAUAUUUAACGGUCUUCAAAAAAGUAAAAGAAAAUAAUGCUGUUUGAAUACUGCCAGUUGAUUGACAAUUAUGCAUUGAUUGAAAAAAUAAGCUAAUUUUGGAGGAAAUAACUUUGUAAUAUUUAUCUCUUGCAAGCUAUGUUUAAUAAAGGUUGAAA